GCGUGGAGCCACAUCGAGCGCAUAUGAUUGCCUUCUUUGUCGUCCAAUAUACAGGUAUGAAGAAAACGCGGUACCUGUCUCUGUAAGUUGUCACUGAGGCCGACCCUCCGCACGCCCCGCAAAUUGCUGCUGUCCCAGGUUCUACCGCAAGAACCCGCCGAUCUGAAUCGCAGAACAAGCAUAGGCAGCAGAAAUCCAUCUCGAACACCACUUGGUUGGGCUUUCCCAAUCACUACCUCACCGAAGUAGGCGAGCGAACGAGAGCGACACGAAGAGACCUGUCCCGUGGUGAUGGCCGAGGUCCCCAAAUUCGCGUCGACAGCGGAUCAGUUGGACGUCCUCUCGUAGAGCGACUGCUGUCUCCGCUGUGAAAUGAAAUGGCGAUGAACGUCAACUGGCGUGCCCCAGACAAAAUAGCAGAGCAAAUCAAGAGAUAGUCAGGCGCAUGUGUUCGUGCAAAAGAUGGCCUCCCUUCUCGCCGAUUUGUACCCACGAUUUGCUGCAAGUGCGGGACGGCGAUUCGCCGCCGGCCGAUACCAGGGCCCUCGGUUCUGGGUUAUUGGAGGUACCAGUGCUCAUAUUGCGGCUGUUGUCCAGGGUCUCCUCAAAGUCUUGGCACGAGUGGAAACGCGGUUCACGCUGACAGCGAAGGGAUCUGACGAUGAUGACGAGUUUGCUGAAUUGUACGCCGUCCGGUGGACAUGGCUGUUUGUUCCGCCUUUGACCAUUAUCAUCAUCAACGUUGUUGCAAUAUUCGCUGGAGUAUCGCGGGAGAUGUACCAAGGCCCUGAUGAUCAGAACUGGGGUCGGAUGAUGGGAAUGGUGUUCUUCUCCGUCUGGGUGCUGACUCACAUGUAUCCAUUCAUGAAGGGUUUGAUGGGCAAGUCACAGAAGACACCCACGAUAGUGUUCCUUUUGGUUGAGAUUCCUGAAGACCAGGGAAGGAUGACUGAAGGGGAUCAUGACGAAGAGGAUGAUCGAGGGAGGGUUGAUGAAGGGGAUCAUGACGAAGAGGGGGGCAAAGGGGAUGACGAAGGGGAUGACGAAGGGGAUGAUGAAGGGGGCAAGGAAGUGCGUGAGGAAGACGAAGGGGAUGACGGAGGGGAUGGUGAAGGGGAGGUGUAUGCAAGAACAAGGACAGGGCGACAACUAUGUAACAUGGCUUGAUGAUCAUGGAAGGAAAAGUGCCUGGACGGCCGGGCAAAGCAUUGGGUGCCGAGUGUGGGAUCGGGAGGGUCACGGUGGGCGCAGCAGGCCCCUGAUGGCUUUUGUUAGAUCACUGUACUCUGCAAAAUGGAGGUGUAUAUCAAGAUUCAAGACGGAAGUGUGACAGUCAAGUCCUUUUCAAUUUUGGUGGAAUCUCUAGUAGGUGGAUGCACUGAAGCCCUGCAGAAUUGGAUGCUCAGCCGGAAUCGAAGUGUUCAUUUGGAUAUCGGGAAACAGAAAAAG